AUGGAGUUCCCCCUGGCCCAGAUAUGCCCUCAAGGGAGUCAAGAAGCCCCCACCAUAACCUUCAGCACCUUCCAGCCCAUAGACUUGAACCGCAGGAGCUGCCAGAGCCUGGGCUUUAUCCAGGCACCUCCCCAGGCCCCAGGGGCUGCCUGCAGCCCAAAGGAUAUUGGGAAGGAAGAGGUGCCUAGGGAAGGAGGCAUGUCCCUGCAGGCUGAGACUCAGGUUUGGUUCCAGAAGACCCAGGCGCAUGAGCUCCUGCAGCAUGGGGCAGCCCCUGCUUGGUUCCACGGCUUCAUCACCCGGAGCAUCUUCCGUGUCUUCUCCAUCACCCACAGAGAGGCUGAGAGGCUGCUAGAGAGCAAGCCUCAGGGAUGCUACUUGGUGCGUUUCAGUGAGAGCGCCGUGACCUUUGUGCUGACUUACAGGAGCCGGACUUGCUGCCGCCACUUCCUGCUGGCCCAACUCGGGGACGGGCGCCACGUGGUGCUGGGCGAGGACAGCGCCCACGCGCGGCUGCAGGACCUGCUGCGGCACUACCAGGCGUGCCCGCUGAGCCCCUACGGGGAGACGCUCACCGAGCCCCUCGCCCGCCAGACUCCUGAGCCCGCAGGACUGUCCCUAAGGACUGAAGAAUCAGACUCUGGAAGCAAAAGCCAGGUCUCACAACCUCAGUAUACCUCAAUCCUCAAAAAGGAGCAAAGCGCAGCCCCCAUGCAGAAAGAUGGGGCGGGGGGGCCAAAGCAGACGUCCCAGCCGCCCAAGCCCAAGCCUCCCAUCCCCUCCAAGCCUCAGCUGCCUCCCGAAGUCUACACAAGCCCCGCUCCGAGACCCCGCCCAACCCCGCCCCCCAAGCCCUCCAACCCCAUCUACCACGAACCUGAUGAACCCAUAGACUUCUAUGCCAUGGGCCGUGGCAGCCCCGGGGAAGGCCCCAGCAACAUUUAUGCCGAGGUGGAGGUGAAGGUGCCUGAUUCAGGGUGUGAGGGCCCGCCGUGCAUCCUCAGGCACGAAGUCGUACGGAAGUGCCAGUCCAGGCCUGUCCCAGGAAGCCAGAAUCCAGGUGGCCAACAACUGCAUUCUGAGAACUCUGUGGCUGAACAAGGCCCUGCUGUGCCCCACAAGCCCCUACCCCGCUGGGGGCACACCCUCCCCCACAACCUUUCUAGACAGGUGCUUCAGAACAGAGGUCAGGCGUGGCUCCCCCUGGGGCCUCCUCAGUAGCUGCUGAGUCUGAGCUGGGGUGGGGCGGGGGUGGGGGAUAACUUGGAACAGCGGGUCCAGAGACCUUCACACACACCCAGGCGCCCUUCUCACAAAAUGUGGAUGGAACAAACUGUAGAUGAUCA